CAGAGCUAACCAGGAAAGGGAUUUAAAGAGUUUCUCUUGGGUAUUUGUCAAACUUUUAUUUCCUGGCUGUGUGCAAAGAGGGGAUUCCACUUCAAUUCUCUACUGAGGCUCUGGGUCCAGCCACUUACCUGAAGGUAGAAAGCAUGAAGACCGUGGUGAUUCUCCUCUGCAUCUUGGGAACUGCGGCUGCAAUCCCGACAAAUGCGAAGUUCUUAUCUGAUCAUUCCAAACCCACUGCUGAAACAGUAAUACCUGACAACCCGACAGUCCCCAUCUUAAGGGACGAAGAUGCAGAAAAUGAAAAGGAAACCGUCGUACCCAUAGAAGACCAUUCCAACCAUAAGGCUGAAAAAUCUUCAAUGCUAAAGUCAGAAGGAGAAAGCCAUGAACAGUCAGCAGAACAGGGUAAGAGUGACAGCCAAGAGCUGGGAUUGAAGGAUCAAGAGGAUGGUGACGAUGACUUAAGUGUGCAUUUUGGGUAUACACCAACUGAAGGUACAUUGGACCUAAAGGAAGAUAUGGAUGAGCCUCAAAAUGAACAACUCCCAGAAAACGACAAUUUCCCUGCUUCUAAUGUUAGUUCCUUUGUAGAUUCUAACGAACAAGAAGGCACCACAAAGAGAGAGGAGAACCAAGAACAACCUACGAACAGUUCACAUCAUCAGUUGAACAGUAAACACAACCAGGACCCAAGGGACCAAGGAAACCAAGAGCAGGAUCCAAAUAUUUCCAAUGGAGAAGAGGAGAGAAAAGAGCCAGGUGAUGUUGGUACCCACGUUGAUCAAGAAAAGGAGCGUGAAUUUUCCCAGGAGCAUCCUCAUAGCAAGCAGGAAGACAGUGAUACCCAAUCUGAUGAUAUUUUAGAAGGAUCUGAUCCACCAACUCAAGUAAGCAAGUUGCAGAAGGAAGGACCGGAACAGAGUGACCCAGAACAAGAGAGCAACUCCAAUGUAGGAACAGAAGAGGGAAAUCCAUCAGACAUCCAUGAGCACAGUCAAGAACCUGAAGGGCAGAGCCGGGAGGGCACAGCUGGCCUCGAAGUUGUCAGCAGCUAUGACGGGAUGGAUAAAAAGACUGUUUCUGAGGCUUUGCUUACGGAACCCACUGAUGAUGAUAACAUCAUGCUCCAAAAUCCCGGGGAUGACGAUGGGAGUGAUGAUGGCUCCAGACACACCGCAGGUGAUGACUCCUUCAUCCCAAGCCAGGCCUUCAUAGAGGCUGAAAGAGCUCGAUCCAAUGACUAUCACAGGAAGCUUGAGGAGCAAAGAGGAAGAGGAGAAGAGAAUGAAAGUGCAGGUGCCAGUGGGCCUGCAGAGCACCCAGAGGUGAAGAAAGCAGAGAGAUCCUCAAAUGGAGAUGACAUGUCCAGCGAAGGGAACACGAGGGUGCCUGGUGUUGAUGCUUGCCUGAGCUUCCAGUGUAAAAGAGGGCACGUCUGUAAGGCAGACCAAAACGGAAAACCCCACUGUGUCUGCCAAGAGCCAGCGACUUGUCCUCCAACAAAACUCCUUGACCAAGUCUGUGGCACUGACAAUCAAACCUACCCUAGUUCCUGCCAUCUGUUUGCCACUAAGUGCAGACUGGAGGGGACCAAAAAGGGGCAUCAGCUACAGCUGGAUUAUUUUGGAGCCUGCAAAUCUAUUCCUGUUUGCACGGACUUUGAAGUGACUCAGUUUCCUCUCCGAAUGAGAGACUGGCUCAAGAAUAUUCUCAUGCAGCUUUAUGAAGCUACCUCUGAACACACUGGAUAUCUAAAUGAGAAGCAGAGAAGUAAAGUCAAGAAAAUUUAUCUUGAUGAAAAGAGACUCUUGGCUGGGGACCAUCCCAUUGACCUUCUCUUAAGGGACUUUAAGAAAAACUACCACAUGUAUGUGUAUCCUGUGCAUUGGCAGUUUAGUGAACUUGACCAGCACCCUAUGGAUAGGGUCCUGACACAUUCUGAAUAUUUAGCUUUUACCCACCACAAGUACCGCCAUUUUUCCCUCAGGUCCCAUUUCCCCCACCUCCACAACUGCCUCUGGUAA